UACUCGACUGCGCGGCGAAGAACCAAAAGAAGAAACUUUGGCCUUCUCCUUCUCUCUCGAAACCACAGUGAGAGUGAGAGAGAGUUACCUCCCUUUUGAACCCUUUUCCCCGAAAGCACCAUUCAGAACAGUGGUGACGACCAUGAGCAACCAUAGCAACACCGACAACGUCGUUGACACGAUAGCAACCGCACAACCGCAGCAGCAGCAGCACACUUUGGAAUCGCACAAGAAGCACACAACAGCUCAUUCACCACAACUCGUCUUUAAACAAGACAGUAAAGCACCGUCGUCAAACGAGCAAAUACAAGAGUGUCAACCAGUAGUAGAGCAGCAAUACAACAAAGAGGAUGACGACGAAGAGAGAACUAGCACUACAACGACCAGUACGUCGGUUGGUGCUACUGCUGUUGUUGAACAGAAACCGCGCCGAGUGACCCAUGUUCGACAACUUUUUGUGGGCAAUCUUCCAUUUCGAGUACGCUGGCAAGAUUUGAAGGAUUUGUUCCGUAAAGCCGGCAAUGUGCAACGAGCGGAUGUGGCCCUGAGUUUCGAUAAUAGAAGUAAGGGCCAUGGCACAGUCUUGUUUGCAACAGUACAGGAUGCACAACGCGCGAUUGGUAAUGUAUAUUCAUCUGUAUAGUACAAUAAUCGUAAUAAUAGUGGGAUUGAAUGUAUCAAGCAACAUGAGCGCGGCAGUAAAAGCAGCAGUAGCACGAUGAGGAAGCUUGCUGCAUAUGCCUGGGUUAGCGGUGGAUACUCAAAACCAAGUAUAUUAUAUAGACAUGUUGCACAAUUACAAGUGGCAGGGCCGUGUUUUAGAAGUCCGCGAAGAUCGCGGAUUUGUCGAGCCGUCGUCUUCACAUCGUCAUCCACAUCAACACCAUAACUAUAUGCCCUUUUUGCCGCAAUUACAGCAACAGCUGCAACAACAACUGGCACAUCACCAU